CCUCCUCUCGCUGUCUUCGUUGGCGGAGGAGGGCCACACGUAUUCGGGGAUGAAGUGGGGGCUCACCCUGACCACGAAAGCCGAGGGGGAGGUGUGGUUCCCCCGGACUGGAAAGCUGCUGACCCAACGAGGCUCUCAAAUAAAGCCCACGCUACACACCGCUUGUGUCGCACUCAUUGUUCCUGGCGAUCGGAAAGCAGCCACCCCCACUGACCUCAACGAGUCCCACUUCGCGCACGGCCAUGCCCACGAGACAUUGCUCAGGAUCACGGCGGAGCAGCAGGGAGUGCAGCUGACGGAUGGAACCGUAAUCACCACCUGCAAUUUCGACUGGUGCCACGUGCCCGCUGCAUCGCCCGCUCCCCCGCAGCUGCUACCUCUCGCAGAUGACGAGGAGGGCGGGGAGGGCGAGAGCAGGGCGGAUGCAUCACGCCAAGGUUGGGGGGGGGAGAGAGACUCAGAGUCCGACCUCGACGUGAUGGAGGCUCGUGGGUCAGGGCAAGCGACGCCGUUUGUGCGCGAGGAGGCGCCGACGGCACCCGGCAACGGAAUUCCGGGGGACGGAGGCAGCGUUCCCCCGUCGCCCCCUUCGGGAAGGGGCGACUUCGGCGGAGGCAGUGGGGACGGCGGUAGCGAUGGUGAUCCCGGCGACUCCGAGAACCUCGAGGAGUUGAAGUAUGAUCCAGCCGACGACCGCUACCCCCGCGGGCUAGAAGGGAAGAAACUCCUCUGGGGCGCCUCGAACGCUGGCCCGCUGCGCCAUGGGCUUGAGAGUGGCCGCACGCGGAAGCAGACCCGGGAGAUGCAAGGUGCCGGGGAGAUGCCGGGGCCCGGAGAAACACCGGACCCGGAAGAGGCAUUGCUGGCGACCAUCCUGGAAACUGGCGGGACGGGGAUUGUUGAGGACUACAUCUGCAACUCGCUUGUGAAGGAGCAGUGGGACGAGGAGCAGACACGCUGUAUGGAGGAGAUGUACAGGCGCGAGAUGCAGGAGGUGUUGGGCCCGGAACAGCAGGCGUUCGGGGCCGAGGUCGACGCCAGCGGGUCUUCGCAACCACUCCCAGACCCACAGCUAAGUAUAACCUCGCCAAUCGGGCAGAAGCCGAGUGAUGUGGAAGCAGUACCGAUGACGUACAAGGAUGUGAUGUGUUCCAAGUACAAGGUUUUCUGGGAGGCGGCCAUGAAGAAAGAGAUAGAUGGCCACGACAAGACUGGAACCUUUACCAAGGUCAAGGAGCUGCCCGAGGGGCGGAAGGCCAUAGGUUCAAAGUGGGUGUUCUCUUGGAAGACGAAUGAGAAGGGCCUGAUAGUCGACUUCAAGGCCCGUAUGGUUGCGCGGGGUUUCUCUCAAAUCCCCGGCAUCGACUUCCACCACUCAUCCUCAGCGUGCCCGUCUGCAGCGUCUAUCAAGACGGUGAUUGCCGUAGCCACUGAAAAGGGCAAGAAACUCGCUCACUGGGAUGUGAAGCAAGCGUACAUCCACGCUAAGCUAAAAGAAGAAAUAUACCUCAGGUUCCCGGAAGGCUGUGGUAGCAUGUCCGGCAAGGUGGUCAAGGUUGAGCGUGCCCUGUAUGGCCUAAAGCAGAGUGGCCGUGAGUGGGGGUUUGAAGCUGCCGAUGCCCUCAUCGAGAAUGGAUACGAGCAGUGCAGGGUUGACCCGUGUGUCUUCCGGAAGGUGGUGGAUGGAGAGGUCGUAGGUCUCAUCGUGAUGUACGUUGAUGACAUCUUAGUGGCGGCAGACGAGGGAGAGCGAGAGGAGUUGUUCGCUUCCCUCAACAAGAAGUUUCCGGUGAAAGAUCUGGGGGAGUGUACCUGGUACGACGGGUGUGCUAUCGCCAUGGAUGUAGAAAAUGGCAUCACCAAGCUGUCCCAGACAGCAUACAUUGAGGGUAUGCUGAAGCGGUUUGAUGUGACCACGACCGCUUUCACCCCUGCUGCCACCGAUGCCGACCUAGGGCCGAAGAGAGAUGACGAGCCCGCGGUGGAUAAGCCUGUGAGGGAGGCGAUCGGAUGCCUGAUGUGGACGAAGCUGACGAGGCCAGACAUCGCCCUGCCUCUGAACAAGCUCCAGAAGAUCGCCCACUCACCCACCGGGAGGAUAUGGAACGCGCUUGUGCGGAUCAUGUCCUACCUGAACUUCACGAAGGACUUCGGCAUCACCUACGUACGGGGGUCAGGACUAGACCUAUGCGUGUUUGUCGAUGCCAGCUACGCUGACAACGAAGUAGACAGGCGUUCUACGACCGGGCUAGCUGGCGUGAAGGAGGCGUUGUUUGUGCGUGGCGUUCUGUCGUUCAUAGCGCCCGAGACGAGUGGGGCGAAGAUCAAGGUCCUUGAGGACAACAAGGGGGCUCUCGCCUUAAUCGAGAACCCGUUCAGCUCAGCGAGGAGCAAGCACAUCGACGUGCGGUUCCAUUUCAUUCUCGAGCUAUUCAAGUCGGGCAAGAUCACUGCAGAGUAUGUUCCGACUGGAGAGCAGCACGCCGACAUGCUGACCAAGUACGUGCUACUCCUGGCGAUGUUCAUAAAGCCAAUGCUUGUGUCGCAAGGCAACACUCAAUCCGGCGGCGCGGUGUACCGCCGGGUGGUGAUCCGGAACAUAGUGUGCACUAUCAGGCAACACUCAAUCCGGCGGCGCGGUGUACCGCCGGGUGGUGAUCCGGAACAUAGUGUGCACUAUCGGCAUCGCCUGUGCGCGGCUGCCGUUGGAGACAUGGUACCAUCGAUCAACAUUUGCGUGACCCUGUGCCUGACCGAGGUGGGUGACGACAACGAGUUAGUAAUUUUUCUUGCAUCAGCUGCACUAACUGCGAUGCCGGCGUCGACGGUUCUAGUCUACGAUACAACCCUGAUCCCACCCAGAUAGGCCGAGAAACACCACCGCUGUGUCUCUGAAGUCCACAGCUGCCUCAGCAAAAACGAUAAGGCCCGAACUGGCCUGGUUGUGGAGACACGUGUGCCCAAACGCGACCAUAUCAUCCUUUAAGCCAGCGGGGUAGGCAAGCAGUUUUACGACAACCCUCGAAAAGCGCUACCCACAGUCAAGAGGCAGCCACAACAUCACCACAGCUUUGUGCGACCAUGACAGAAUGAAAGAAUCGUCCUUGUGCACAUUUGUGUUGUGGUGGGCGUGGUUGGGACAGCUUUUCACCCGCACUAUUGACCGCGGUAGCCGCCGCUCCUACGGCAGACUUGGUGUGCAUUCCCGCCCCUUGAGGGAGGUAGCGAGUCAUCAGUCACACCAGCGGUCAAGUGCUUAGAAGUCAGGGUUAGCACAGUUCACCCGGCGGCGUGGUUCGAGUUGGGAGCGUGGUUUGAGUUGGGAACGCAUUGGCGUUGCCGCAUUGCCACUACCGCCAGGACGAGGAAACGCCCCUCCCUUUCUCCAGCCACCGCACACAGCAGAGCAGCCG